AUGGCGCUAUAUUUCACUCAUCUUUAUUUUCCUUUAUCAUUUCUAAUUAUCUGCCUAUAUGUGAAUUCGACCUUUGCUGGAAAAGCUCACAACUUUUAUCCCCUUUUUAAGGUUGAUGCUGAUGGCAGUAUUCACAGGUAUCAAGAGACCAAGUUUGUCCCUCCAUCGUACAAUCACAAAACAGGGGUCCAAUCGAAAGAUGUAACCAUUCUGCCUGAACAAAACGUAUCAGCACGUCUUUACCUUCCCAAAAUCAGUGGAAAAAACAAAAAAGUUCCUCUCCUUUUAUACAUCCACGGCGGUGGCUUCUGUGUUCAGUCAGCAUUUUCUCCUAUGUAUGAUAGUUAUCUCCACAAGCUAACGGCUGAGGCCAAUGUAAUCGCCGUAUCAAUUGAUUACAGACUAGCGCCAGAACACCCAAUUCCUUCAUGUUAUGAUGAUUCAUGGGCUGUUAUGAAAUGGGUUGAGCAAAGGACAGAGACCUGGCUCAAACAACAUGCCAAUUUUUCACGAGUUUAUUUGGCUGGUGAUAGCGCUGGGGCAAAUAUUGCUCAUAACAUGAUGGUUCGUGCAAGUGAGGAAAGUCAUUUUCUGCCUUCCCUAGUUGGAAUGGUACUGGUUGAUCCCUAUUUCGGCAAUGAUAAGCCUGAUACACUUUGGACUUAUUUAUGCCCAAAAACCACAGGUAUUUAUGAUCCAAGAUUCAAUCCAGCAGCUCAUCCUAGGUUGCUGUCGAAGUUGAAUUGCUCCAAGGUUUUAGUUUGUACCGCUGGCAAAGAUUUUUUGAGAGAAAGGGCAUGGACUUAUUACGAGACGGUGAGAAAAAGUGGGUGGAAAGGUAAAGUGGGGAUAAAGGAGAUAGAAGGGGAGGGGCAUGUCUUCCAUUUAUUUAACCAAACCUCCGAGAAAGCCAAGGUCUUGAUGAAAUCCCUGGUCGAAUUCUUGGCCUAG